AUGCGCAAUACGCGCCUGCGGCACAGCACCGAUAUAUUUGUCUUUAUCACAGCCUCGCGUCGCGUUCGGAAGCGCUCCUGCUCGCACGCGAUCAUCCAGCGACGACAUGGACUCCGUGCUAAGCGCGACGGCGAUCAAAGUCGUGGCCACAGCGCUGGCGGUCCUGCUGUCAUGGAGAGCCAUGUCGCGGGCUUCUUCAUGGACUUCAACGGCGCGAUCGAGAAGGGCAGAAAGUACUUCAACAAGUCGCGCGAACCCUUCACCAUGACCGUCGCCGGCCAGACGAUCUACGUAGCGACUUCUGCCGAGGACAUCACCCGCGUCUGGAACAAUUCAAAAACCAUUUCGAUGAACCCUCUGACUAUGGACAUGUAUAUCUGGUGUGGCAUCUCAGAGAGGAGCCGGGAAUCCCUGUUCGAACGACACCCAUCUGCGCAGUACAAUGCGGACAACGCUCGCCCGCUCACGCCUACACAAAUGGUGAUCGAACUGCACCACCAGCAGCUCUCAGGCGCGAGACUGGACGCGCUGGUGGAAGAAAAGGUCAUCCCAGCUCUGUUCAAGAAGUUGGGCUUCUCUCAGCCAAAUGCGCCAGCGGUGCUUAGUCGGUCGGAGAAGUCAAUCACAAUCUCUCUGCACGAGCUCUGCGUCGAUCUCUUCAUAACGCACGACACUGAAGUAUUCUGGGGACCCGCGCUUCUGAAGAACUCACCCAAUAUGAUCAAGGCGUUCCUAGACUGGGAGUACAGCAGCUGGAAGUUCCUCUUCCAGCUUCCAGAUAUCUUUGCGAAGGAUAUGCUCAAAGCGAAAAGUACGAUUACCGGGGCGUUCGCGAACUAUUACAAGCUGCCGCGAAGCCAGCGCCCAAACGCAGAAUACUUCGCAACGGGGUUGGAGGAUAUGCUCCGCGAGGCGGGGUUGAGCGAGGAUGAGAUGGGGAAGUUUACUCUGCUCCAUUACUGGGCGUAA